GCAGCCAGGCAUGUCGCAAUGCUGGCCAUAUUGCUGCCGCUGUGCUGCCGGGCGGCACCGGAGCGGCUGCGCUAUGCGAUUCCCGAGGAAACGGGCAGCGGCUCCGUGGUGGGGCCCCUGGCGCGGGACCUGGGACUGAGCCCGGCAGACCUGCCCGCAAGGAAGCUCCGCACUGUUUCGGGUGACGAAAAGCGAUAUUUCGCUCUCAGGGAAGAUAAUGGAAGCCUGCGUGUAAACGAGAGGAUAGACCGAGAGGAGAUUUGCGGGAACGUGUCGCCUUGUGUCCUCAGUUUGGAGGUGGUCGCGGAAAAUCCAUUCAAUAUAUUUCAUGUGAGCGUUACCAUUGAGGAUAUCAAUGAUAACGCGCCACACUUCAGCAGGGAAAUUGUGGACCUAGAAAUAAUGGAAUCCACGCCUCCAGGAACGAGGUUCCCGCUGGCGAGUGGCAGAGACCCCGACGUUGGUACUAACUCGUUGCAAAACUAUCACCUCACCCCCAAUCCACUCUUUUCCUUAGUAGUGAAGGAGAGUCCCGACGGCAAGAAACAGGCAGAACUGCUCCUGGAGAAACAGUUAGAUCGAGAAAACCAAAAGAAUCACCAUUUGAUACUGACGGCGGUAGAUGGUGGGGAUCCAGUCAGAUCUGGGACAGCACAGAUAAGGAUUAAUGUCACUGAUGCCAACGACAAUUCCCCGCUAUUCACCAAAGAGAUGUACAAAUUCCAACUGGAGGAAAACUUGACUGAGGGCUCCUUAGCUUUUCGGGUGGAAGCUACUGACAGUGACGAAGGUACGAAUGCAGAAAUUAUCUACUCUUUCAGUGAUAUCGGAGACAGAGCUCGCCAGCUUCUUAGUCUGGACCCUAGAACAGGUGACGUCAAGAUUACCGGCCCAUUAGAUUUUGAAGAGGCGAAAUAUUAUGAGGUGACUGUUGAAGCCAAAGACGGAGGUGGGCUAAGUAGCCACGCCAAAGUCCACAUAGACAUUCUAGACGUGAACGACAACCCCCCAACGCUUUCCUUCCUGCCCAUCAUGAAUCCGAUCCCCGAAGAUUCGGCUCCAGGAACAGUUGUAGCAGUGAUCAAUGUUCGCGACAGGGACUCCGCAGACAAUGGAGAAGUGAGCUGUUACAUCGACAGCGACCUGCCUUUCCGGCUAGUAUCAGCUUCCAAAAAUUCCUACAAAUUAGUAACACAAAAUAACCUGGACAGAGAAAAAGAUUCUCAUUACAAUAUCACAAUCACUGCCAGUGACAGGGGCACUCCGUCACUGUCGACGCUGUCGCUGUCCGUGUCGGACGUGAACGACAACGCGCCGGUGUUCGAGGAAGCCGCCUACAGCGCCUACGUGUCGGAGAACAACUUGGCGGGCGCGGCGGUGCUGCGCGUGCGGGCGCGCGACGCGGACGCGGGCGCCAACGGGCGCGUGAGCUACUGGCUGGUGGGCGGCAGCGCGGGCGAGGCGGCGGCAGCGGCGGGGGCCUCCGGGUGGGGGGGGGGGGGGGGGGGCCGCGCCGUCGACGAUCUUCUCGGCGGGGACCCGCCCGCGAUGCUCACGGCCAGCAGCAGCCGCGCCGCGGCAGAGCCGCCCUCGGACCCCGACGGCCUGCAGGAAGUGAAUGACUGCGCCUCCCGGGUCAUCAGGAAACGCGGGAUUCGGCCUCCUUGGGAGGCUCUGUGUUUAGGAGUAGCGCUGCUUGAAGUGGAGAACGUCAAGAAAGGCGAAGGUGGAUCCUCAUUGUUUGCGAGUUCUUCUGAGGUCUUCCCUUUGUGA